GAGAAUGUUUCAGACGCAGCCACCUGCUGGGCAGCGGCGUCAUCGCCGGCUGCCUUCCGGCACAGUGGUGUCCUACGCGGAAGUGAAGAGCUACCUAUCCAAGCGUGAAAUCCCGCAGCUUUUUGAAAGCCUGAUGGCCGGACUCAUGUAUCAUCGUCCUGAAAACCACAUCGGAUAUCUCCAGUCUUGCCUUGACGAAGUUAAAUCUAAUUCAGAAACGAAGGUCCAUUGGAGCACUUUUGUCAACAAGAAACGAAAGUCCAAGGAGAUUCUACCCCCUUUACCUACCCCUAAGAAACAGGACUCGUUUUCCUCCUCCUGGUCAGACAAUUCCAGGCAGAGCACUCCCCUACCACCUAUCAGUGCCAAGACGCGGACCAGGACAUCCCCAGAUCAGCAAGACCUGAGAAAUACCUACAUAUUGUACCAUAAUCCACCCCCUAUUCUAGCCAAGCCGAAAGUCCCUGUCAUAUCUGUUUUGGGUGGCUUGGGAGCCAGGAUUGACGAACUGUGUGAAAAAGUAGUAGGCCGUCUGAGAGGGGUUGUCCAUAUAUCCACCUGUUCGAUGCUGAAGACCCGGAUGACAAUAGAAGGCUUCUACAGGGUAACUUCUGUGCCGGCCUGUGCUGUAGUGGAUUCCGUUCUACAGGCAAUGUCCAUGGUACAGAGUGCGAAUGCUCUGCUAGUUGCGGGAUUUCCACGAAACAGAGGCGACAUCGAAGAAUACAGAAGCAGAAGAGUUCGAAUGGACGGAGUCGUAUUGGUGGACUUCGAAGAAGAGGCCCUCCGUCGGUUUCUGAACAAUGAAGUAUCAAAUGGGGCUAUCCGCCUGACCGAUGUCGAAACAGAACUUGAGAGGUACAAGCAGGACAUUAUUUCAGUCGCUGAAUACUACGAUGAAAAAGAGCUUCUGACGGUCGUCAUGGGGGAUCAAGACACUGAAGAAAUGAUUGAAGAUAUGGUAAUCGCCAUUGACAAGAUCAUUGAGACAAGGAAGGAUGUCAGUGAAGAUGAUUCUGUAAUAGAUUCGAAGGAUCAUAACUGUGGUAAAGAGAGCCCUUGUAAGGCUUUAGUUUCUGCUCCCAACAGCGCAGAUAGGCCUUCCACAGUAGAAAUCAGAGAUGCAACCGAAGAGGAUAUCAAAUCCAUUGAAGCCGAAUCCAGAAAUUCCAAAAGGAUCGAUGAUGAGCCAGAUGAGAUGGAUUCUGUAAAUGGCAUGAAGGAAGAAGAGGAUCAGAACCAAGCCAAAGUCUCUGAAAGUGGAUCCAAAAAUGAUGAAAAAGAGAAGCCUGCGUCUGAAAAUAGCCAAAAGAAUAGCGAUGAGUCUGAUAAAGUUUCACAAAAUGGCGAUGCAAGCCAGAGCCUUAAAUCUGAAGUAAAAUCUGAAACGAAGGUUGUAGCUGUACAAGAAACAUCAGUUCACGAAUCAUUAAAAGCAAGUGAAAACUCUUCGAAAACUGAAAUUACAUCCCAACAGUCAAGUGAAAUCAAACAUUUGAAAAUUCCUAUAGUAUUUGCUUUCGAAAAUAUCAAAACAGAUUAUGAUGCUCUCAAAGAUUUAAUCGUCGAAGAAAUGGGCAUGUGUUACAUUAACUUCCACGAACUAGUUAGAAAUGAUGGAGAAGAAAAUGAUCGCUUAGGAGCCAAAGAAUCCAUAAAUUUAUUACAAGGUGUUCUUAAACAGGAUUCUGUGUCAUACUCCAGCGGAUUUUUCAUUUCUGAUUUUCCAUUUGAACUCUUGAAAGAAAACAAGUUUGAUAAUAUUCUUAAAUUGGGAGAAGUGAGUUUCGUGUGUAAGGUAAAAGAAAAAUCUUUCGAAGCAGAAGCAGAUGAGAAAAAACAACCUGAGGAGGUUUUGUUCGAAUCGCCAAUGAGUGAGCGAGUGAGAAUAAUUUUCGUGACCGAAUCCAACGUCAUGAAUGAAUUAAAAUCUACUUUGCAGGAAGUGGUGGUUGAUAGGGAACCUCGUGCAGAAAAUUCGAUUGAGAAACAGAGCGAAGUAGAAAAUAACACUAAGAACGGCGAGGCAGGUCAUGAAAGUGCCCUUGAAAACGGGAGUGCCCUGAUCGAUAAAGAAGAAAAGGUAGAAACAGAAAACAGUGACGGAGGCGAUUCAUCUAAGAAAUUAGAAGCUCCGCUGACUGUUGAUCAAGAUGCGAAUGGUGUUCACGAUAAUACUGAAAUUUCACAAAAGAACGAAAAUGAAAUCUUGGAAGAUGGGGAUAUUCCUGCGUCUAAUAUUGAAAUGGAAGUGAUAAAUCAAGAUUCUAUUUCAGAAGAUAAAACAAGCACCGCUGACAAUGAGGACAGUACUUGCCGAGAUGUAGAUGAUUUGAUAACCGAUGACACACUGAAUGAAAGAACAAAACCAGAUGAAUCGCUGAAAACUGAAGAGAGCAAAGACACCAGUCUUAAAGAAGGAGUAGUAGAAGAUUUAUCUUCUCAAAUAAAUGAAGAAGAAAAAGCACCAGUUGAAAUACAAAAGGAGAAAGGAGUUCUUUCUAGACAGCAACAUCUUGAUAUUGAAACACCCAGUGUUUCGGAAAAUUCAGUUCAUUUAAUCAAAAAUCAAAAUAAUGAAAGUGAAAAUGAGGUAAAAAGUGGUGCUGACGAAAUCUCAGAAGUUAAAUCGCCUCUCCAACGACAAGGGACAUACUCAUCAAUACCGGAAAGAUCUCAAGGAGAAGUAGAAGUGAACGCAGAAGAACUCAAAGUAGAAACAUCUAUAACUGGUCAAGAAAGUUGUGAAACUGAAAAUGAACAAGAGGCAACUGAUGUAGAAGAAUCAAGCAUAAAAUACAGCACAUCAGAUAAAGAAAUAGAAGAUAUAAAAGAAGAAAAUGAUGAGGCUAAUGGCACUACUGAUAAAAAAGAAGAAUCCAGCGAAAAUGCAGAGGAAACAAAUAAAAGUGAACAGAAUGAAGUAGUCGUAGAACAAGAAGACAUAAAUAAUACCGCUGAAAACGAAAAGGAUUCUAAUUCCGAAACAGAGCAAGAUGUUAAUAAAUCCAAUGAUUCCACUAAUGAGAAUAAGGAAGGAGAGGGAAAUAGUAAUUCAGAAAGCGAGGUUAAUAAAAACAGCGAAGAAGAAAAGAAGACUGAUGGAGCAGAUGAUGAAGAUGAUCAGGAAGCAGACAAAGCAGAUGGAGAAGAAGGAAAUAAUACCAACGGAACAGGUAAUGGAGAUGAAAAGGAAAAGGAUAAAGAAGGUGAUGAAGAAGAAAAAUCAAUUGGAACAAAUGAUGAAGGUGAAAAGGAAACAGACCAUGCAGAUGGUGAAAAUGAAAAGAAAACAGCCCAAGCAGAUGAUGAAGAAGACAAAUCGAGCCAAGGAGAUAAUGAAGAAAACAAAUCGAGCCAAGGAGAUAAUGAAGAAAACAAAUCGAGCCUAGGAGAUGAUGAAGAAAAUAAAUCCAGCCAAGUAGAUGAUGAAGAAAACAAAUCAAGCCAAGUAGAUGAUAUAGAAAACAAAUCAAGCCAAGCAGAUGACGGAGAAAACAAAAUAAGUCAAGCAGAUGACGGAGAAAACAAAAUAAGUCAAGCAGAUGACGGAGAAAACAAAUCAAGCCAAGUGAAUAGUGAAAAAGAAAAUAACACAGACCAAACAGAUGAUGAAGAAAAGAAAACAAAUCAAGCAGAUGGUGAAGAAGAAAACAAAACAGAUCAAACAAAUGUUGAAAAAGAAUUAGAAUCUGAAAGCAAAGAGAAUUCUCAAGACAAUGCAGAAAAUACAGAGCUCGGUGAAAAAGAAUCAGAUAGUAAAAGCAAUGAUAAAAAUGCAGAUGAGGAAGCUUCUGAAACAAAAGAUGAAAAAAAAGUAGAUGAUACAUCUGAAAAAGCCUCAGAUGUAAAACAGGAGGAAAAUUCAGCAGAAGGUGAAGCAGUCGACAAUCCUUCAGAAACUAAAGGAGAUGAAAACUCAGCCGAUGAAGAUGCAGGAGAUAAAGUCUGUGAUACAAAAAAUGGAGAAAAUGGUGCAGAUGGUAAAGAUAGUUCAGAAGAAAAUAUUAUAAACAAUGAGACAAGUGACACAGAAGUCACAAACAAUGAAGGCGAAGAAAAUUCUACAGGAAAUGAAGAAACUCCUACAACUGAAAAAGAAAUUUCCGCUGGUGGUGAUGGAGAUAACCAGCAAGUGUCAGAAAAAAGCGAAGAAACUGAAGAUAAACAAACUUCAGAAAAUGGUAAUCCAGAAAUUUCUGACGAAACUAAAGGAAAUGGCGAAGAAGACAAUGACACUAAUGCAACAAAAGAUGAAACUGAGAAUAAAGAAGAAAAUUCUUCUGCAGAAACUACUGUACUUAGUGCUGAUGAUGCGAAUGCUGAAACGAACAGCACUGCUAAGGAUAAAUCAAUUGGCAAAGUGGAGACCCAAGAGCUUGACGAUACGACCCAUCAAGAAUCCACAGAGAAUACGGAAGAAAAUGGAUCAGUAAUCCUUAAGUCUAUGGAUAAUGACUCGGAUUCUAACGACGAAAAAUCAGUAACUAUUGAGACACAAGCAGAAGUGCAUGCUCCAGAUAGUUUAUCUCCACUAUUGGUCCAGUCUACUGACGAUGCAAAGAUCGAAAAAGACAAUGUUGAUGAAGAAGAGAGAUCUGUUAAAGACAGAGAAGAAAAAAACAACGAAGAAAACAGUGAAAAUGAAUUAGCUUUAGAAAAUACAGAUGAGUCGCAGACAACCACGGAGAAUGAAAUGGUCAUUACUCAAAAUGAGAGAUUCAGCGGCAAACUUCAAGAACGUAAUGGUAGUGGAAUUUUAGGAGAAAGUAGAGAAGACGAUCAUCCAGAAGCUGAACAACAAGAACGGAGCUCCAGCAGCUCUAGAGGCGAACUCUAGAAGCUAAAUUAAUCAAUUAAAGGAACAUUCCAAAAAUUGACCGUAAGGACAGAAAGAAUUGGAGCUCAGCACCAAAACUUUAAAAAAAAAAAAAAAAGUGAUGAGGAAAUCUGAAAUUUGUAUAAGAUGUGCCAAAUUCAGUAAUCAAACAUGAAAAACAAACUUUCUAGUUUUCCUAUUACAAAUCGUAUUGUUGGAGAUCGGAAUCGUAAAUUAACAACAAUAAUAAUUGUAUAGAUCAUCAAUCAAAGUCUUUUCGAUAAAGUAAUACUCUUUGGUUAUUAAAACAAUAAUUCAACAAAGACAUUUUUUCAAAACCAUGAACGAAUUAUAAUGCUUCAUUUCUCCAAAAAGAUGCGAUUUAUUUGAAAGUAAAAAAAAAAUUAUGAUAUUUAUAUCAUUUUUAAAAUAAAAAAUUGAAUUAUUACCAAAAAAUUAAUAAAUCCCAAGCAAUCUGUCCAAGAGUUUUUCAAAGACACUUUUUUGAAACCAUCCAUCCACUUUCAAGUCAGCCAUUUAGUGAAACUAUACAGUUUUCACUGAAAAAAAGAAUGAGAGAAAAACUUUACAAUAACACUACGAUUAUUCUUAUAAGAUAUUGCUAUCAAUCUUUUAUCUGCUGCGAUUUAUAACUUGAUAUUCAAGUGGAUUUACAUUUACACUAGCAGUUCGCAAAUCAAAGAGAACUCGAAACAUGUAAGCAAAAAUUAAAGCAGCAGAUAUUUGUUGUCAUGGAAUAAUAUCUAAAACAGAAGUUCGUGAAUUGUUGCUUUCGCUUGCAAUUGCUUGAAGAACAGCUACAUCACGUUCAGUUCCUCUGCUGUCGACAUUUGUUUCUUUUGCAUCAGUCUCGUUGAUUGAUAACGAUGUAUAUAUAAAUGGAGGAAGAUUAUGAGCAGAUUGUGAAAAGAACUGGUAGAGUUAAAAAAAGUUUUGUGUAAAUAAUCAUGGACAAAAAUCCAAAACUGUUUGCAAAGUUCAUUAGAAUUUAGUUCUUUGUAUUGUCUUUGUAAACAAGGAAUGGAAUCCAGAGUUCAUGUACCCUCUUUUUAAGCUGAAAAGGGGAAGGCUUCCCAAAGAAAAGAAAAUCUGUAAUAAAUUUAAUACUUCAAAUAUC